AUGUAUGUGGGAUACCUUCUGGAUAAAGAAAGCGGCAUGUAUCACCAAGGGCCAGUGAGAAGAUCAAGCAUCAAUCUGCCUCCACAGAACUUUGUUUCUACACCACAGUACCCAGACUUUACUGGAUACCAUCAUGUGCCAAACAUGGAUACGCACGCACAGUCUGCGGGGAGUUGGGGACCUUCAUAUGGCGCUCCACGGGAGGACUGGGGUGCUUAUAGUUUGGGACCACCUAAUACCAUUCCUACACCCAUGAACAACUCAUCUCCUGGACAGGUUCCUUACUGCUCUUCUGAGUACAGUCAUAUGCAUCCUCCAGGGUCUGCGGUGUUACAGCCGCCGCCGGACAACGUUACUGUUGCACAACUUUCUCCCGAUAGAGAAAGACGCAAUUCAUUCCAAUGGAUGAGUAAAACUGCGCAAUCAUCUUCUACGGGUAAAACAAGAACGAAGGAGAAAUACAGGGUAGUUUACACAGACCACCAGAGACUGGAGCUGGAGAAAGAGUUUCAUUUUAACCGAUACAUCACAAUCAGGAGGAAAUCUGAACUGGCUGUCAACCUUGGUCUGUCGGAAAGACAGGUGAAAAUCUGGUUUCAGAACCGCAGAGCCAAAGAGAGGAAACUGAUCAAGAAGAAGUUGGGUCAGUCUGACGGCAGCGGGGGGUCUGUGCACAGUGACCCGGGCUCAGUGAGCCCUCUGCCGGUGCCGGGCUCCCUCAGUCCCACAGACAUCCACGGCUCUCUGUACCCUCCUCAGGGAAUGAACACCUUGCCAUCUAUCAGGAAUAUACAGCAAGUGACUGUGACUCAGUAG